UCUGUAACACACCUGUUCCACAUACGCCCCUCGUCGUAAACCUUUCCCAGAUAUAAGAUGAGAAAUUUCGGGAAUUGCUUCACUAAAUUAUUUCUAAUUUAUCUUGUCACUCAAUGUUCAUCAGAAGCUGCACAGAUUACGGAGGACUAUGAGUUUUUCGAGUUGGGGUCCCUCAAAUUGAGCAACUCUUCAGGCGCCCUUGAAACCAAGUACUACAUCACCUUGGGCACCUUCUUCCUUGGACUACGUUGGGACGAAGCGGUCACAGCUUGUCUAACAAUUAACGGUAGUUUGGUAUCGAUUGAAACUGAAUUUGAAAAGGAUGGGCUGGACAACCUUCUAGAAAAUUUUGUGUAUAACUCGUCCUCAAAAUAUGGUGUCGAUUACUGGACGUCUGGGAAGUACGAUCUGGCUUCGUCCACAUAUCGGUGGACCUCAAACCGGACCCCAUUCCCUCAAUGGGCCCCAUGGGGUCCUAGCGAACCUUUUCCCAUCAGCGUGGAUAAUCCGGUUGGGUUAAGGUUCGAAAGCAGGAAAGUUGCUACUUGGCGGAUACCCACGUUCAGAAAUAAAUUUAUUUGCGAGGUUUCCCCACCCGAUAUGGUCGUCCCAUGUUACUCAACUAACGACCUAAUCAUCGUCCUCGAUUCUUCCGGCAGCGUCGGGUCGGCCAACUACUUAAUCGCGAAACAAUUCGUUGCAGAAUUAGCGGCCGGAUUCACUACCCAUAACGAAUCCCACAUCGCCUUCGCCGUUUACUCGAACAAUGUUCAAGACAUCUUCCGUCUCGAUAACAUCCUCAGUCCCGCCGAAAUUGCGGCGCGAAUUAUGGCGGCACCUUAUCACGCGUCCGGAACACCAACCGACCGAGCUAUUGAUGCGGCCGUGGCUCAAUUUGCUAGUCUAGGUCGUGCCGUCCCACGAAAUUUGGUCGUUCUCACGGAUGGGCUAUCUGACAACGCUGCGUUAACGAGGUUGGCCGCUGAGCGCGCGAAGGCCGCGGGAAUUCGUAGUUUUGCCGUGGGAAUAACGAGCAGCAUUGAUAUGGCUGAACUCCUCGCAAUUGCUGGCGGAGAUGCCAGUAAGGUUUUCACGGCGGCAAACUGGGCCGAAUUGGUGCAGCUUUUAGCACCAGUGAGUAGUGGAAUUUGUCCAUAAGGUGCAUGUUAUAAUGUACGAUUUCAUUGAAAAAUUUAAAAUUUUAUUGCAAGUAAAAUAAAUUGCAUCACACCCCGUUGAAUUUAAUAAAGCUUAUUACUUAAACAUGGGACA